GCUUCUGAGCAACUUCGCUGACGCCGUUGCGAGAGGUCUGGUCCAAAUGGCACCCAUCCUCUAUGUGGCUCCUUUCUUUCUCUUUCUGACUAAGCUCAGCAUCGGCCAGAGGGAAGUAACAGUUCAAAAAGGACCCCUGUAUAGAGCUGCGGGCUACCCGGUCAGCAUUGGCUGCAACGUAACUGGCCAUCAGGGACCUUCCCUGCAGCAUUUCCAGUGGUCUGUUUACCUGCCGAGCGCCCCAACCAGGGAAGUCCAGAUCAUUAGCACCAAGGAUGACACCUUCUCUUAUGCAAUGUAUGCGCAGCGGGUACAAAACAAGGACAUCUACGUGGAGAGAUUGCAGGACAACGCAGUCCUAUUGCACAUCUCAAAGCUCCAGAUGAAGGACGCUGGAGAGUAUGAGUGUCACACUCCCAACACGGAUGGGAAAUACUAUGGAAGUUACAGUGCAAAGACUAAGCUAACCGUCAUUCCAGAUACCCUCUCUGCCACCAUGAGUUCCCAGACUCUCAGUAAGGAAGAAGGUGAGCCAUUAGAACUUACCUGUGAGGCAUCCAAAGCCACAGCUCAACAUACUCAUCUGUCCAUCACCUGGUACCUGAUGCAGGAAGGAGGAGGGAGCCAAGCCACCAGCAUUAUUUCUCUCUCCAGAGAUUUUAUAUUGACCCCUGGGCCUUUUUAUGCAAAGAGGUUUGCAGCUGGUGAUGUGCGGUUUGACAAGCUUGGGGCUGCCACCUUUAGACUGUCCAUAGGCCGUCUCCAGCCCUCAGAUCAAGGCAAGCUGUUCUGUGAAGCAGCUGAGUGGAUCCAGGACCCAGAUGAAACCUGGACUUUCAUCACGAAAAAGGAGACAGAUCAAACAACUCUGAUGAUCCAGCCAGUGGGGAGAGAUUUUAAAGUCAGCAUUACAACUGAGAGCCCAUCUGCCAAAGGGAAGCCCUUGGAACUGGUCUGCCUGGUGGUGGGCAGUGGCCGGGACCCACAGCUCCAGGGCCUGUGGUUCCUCAAUGGGACUGAAAUUGCCAGCAUUGAUGCCAGUGGAGUCCUGGGCCUGAGGAUGGACUACAGAAACAGAGCAAGUCAAGGACAGCUCCAGGUUUCCAAGAUAAACCCUAAGGCUUUCUCUCUCAAGAUCUUCUCUGCGGGCCCAGAGGAUGAAGGCGACUACAGGUGCGCAGUAGCAGAGGUGGUGAGAACUCAGACGGGUUCCUGGCAGGUGCUUCAGAGGGAGCAGUCGCCAGUCAGCCACGUGCAGCUGAGGGAGCCAGCAGCAAGAAGUGUGGUUGUGUCUACCAGGCAGCAAGUCGUGUGGGAAGGAGAGGCGCUUGCCCUUCUCUGCAAGGCAGAUGGGGCCGAGAGUCCUCUGUCUGUGAGCUGGUGGCACAUGCCACAGGACCAGACCCAGUCCAAGUUUGUGGCUGGGAUGGGGCAGGACGGCACCGUGCAGUUGGGUGUCUCCUCUGGGGACUCCAGUUACCAUGGCAACGUAAGGCUGGAGAAGAUGGACUGGGCCACCUUCCAGCUGGAGAUCACCUCCAGCACUGUCGCAGACAGCGGUGUGUAUGAGUGCAGAGUGUCUGAGGGGACCAGGAACCGGGCCAGAGAUCAGCACUGGAAUCACAGGAUUUCAGUCACUGUCAAAUCUCUAAACUCAAGUUUACAAGUUAAUCUGAUGAGCCGUCAGCCACAAGUGAAGUUAGGAGGCACCUUCAACCUGUCCUGCCUAGUGGGAACUGGCUACUCUGACCUCAGGCUGCCUCUCACUGUGAGAUGGCAGUUCCAGCCAGAUAGGUCUCAAGUCUUUCAUCAGCUAAUUCUAGUUACCCAUGAUGGCAUUAUCAAAUGGGGAGAUUUCCUAUCCCAGUUCCAAAAGAAGACGAAGGUUUCACACUCUUCAUUUCGUUCUCAACUCCUAGUCCAUGAUGCCACUGAGGAAGAGACAGGAAGGUAUCAGUGUGAAGUGGAAGUUUAUGACAGAAAUUCCCUACACACAAAUAGCCCAGCCAGGGCUUCUGCUAUCUCUCACCCAUUGAGGAUAGAGGUCACUUUACCAGAGAGUGAGCUAAAAGUGAACUCAAGAAAUCAAGCCCAAGAGAUCUCCAUCAACUCCAACAUCAAUAUAGAAUGUAACAUCUUGUCUCAGACCAUUGGAAACCUUCAGUUAGCCAUUAAUUGGUAUUUUUCUCCCAUUUCCACUAACACAUCCUGGCUUAUCCUGGAGAUGGACCAAACCAAUGUUGUAAAAUAUGGGAAAGAAUUUCUCACCCCACAGAAAAAACAAAAAUUUCAUAUUGAGAAAGUUUCCCAAGACUUGUUUCAGCUACACAUUCUGAGUGUGGAAGACAGCGAUCAGGGCAGAUAUUACUGUGCUGUGGAGGAAUGGCUCUUGUCUACAGAUGGUACCUGGAAGAAGCUUGGAGGACAGAAGUCAGGACUAACAGAACUGAAGCUCAGGCCCACAGGAAGUAAGAUUCAAAUCUCCAAAGCACACCGGACAGAAAAUGCUACCGAGCACAGGGAGGUGGCCCUCAGCUGCAGCCUGGAGAGCUUGGGCAGUGUGUCCUCCCUGUACUCUGUGACGUGGUUCAGGAGCAGAGGAGAUGCCGGGAGACAAACGCUGGUGCACCUGCAGCAUGAUGGCUUGCUGGAGUAUGGCGGAGAGGGCGGCGGGAGUCACCUGCACUGUGCCCGCGCAUCCCCUACAGAUUUUGUUCUGAAGCUUCAUCGGGUGGAGAUGGAGGAUGCCGGCAUGUACUGGUGCAGGGUGACUGAAUGGCAGCUGUACGGUCACCCAGGCAAGUGGGUCAGUCAAGCAUCAGAUGAGUCGCAGCGAAUAGUGCUCAGGGUGUUGCCUUCAGAGCCCACAUUUCCUUCCAGGAUCUGUUCCUCGGCACCUUUACUCUACUUCCUUGUCAUCUGUCCCUUGGUCAUGUUUAUUCUUCUGCUCAUUUCCUUCCUCUGCUUAUACUGGAAGGCCAGGAAGUUGUCUCGACUGAGUCUCAGAGCACAGAAAGACCAGUCUCUCUGGGUGGGCCUGAAAGGAGCUGAAGGCUGGACCACAAACAGGAGGAAACAUCAAGAGGAAGAUGAAGGCAACUGAAUACCGAGAGGCGCCUGCAACUGGUGCAAGGAGCACAGUGGGACUUUUGAAGUGAACUUACCUGCGUGUGAACAAAUCCUGGUCCUGUCCUUCCCUGUCUGUGGCCUUGGGCAAGUUGCCCGGGAAUCAGAGCGAACAUUUAGUGAGCUCUUUCCAAGGUGCCAGGUCAUUUACCCCUUGCAACUUUCAGGAGCAGAUAGCAUCAUUACUCUGGCUUACACUGACCAUGCCCCCUUGAGGUACCCUCCUGGUGUGUACAUAGGGAAGUGCCUCCCUCACACAGCUUGGAGGGUCAGAUGAGCCCCGCGAUGGUGGAGUCCUGGGUGGGCCCGCCCUUCCUCUCCUGCUCCCUUGCCAUUUCCCUCACCCUCUCCCUCUUCUUGGGUCCUUUCUUCAUCACUAAUUUCCCUGGAAACACUGGUGGCCCAGUUACAUUGGCUCAAGGUAAACUCUUUCAAGAGGUGCAGGAAAGAGCCCCAUGUCAGCAAGGCAGAAAGAAUUGGGAACAUUCACUCAUUUGCCUAAAAACUGCCUCCUAACCAGAAUGUAACACCUUUCUGGACCAGAAAUCCAAUUUUUCCCCCAUCCCAUCUACAAAUGCCUACUGGAGAGCUUAAGAGUAGGUGAAUCAAUAUUGGUUCUAUAAAACAUUUUGUAGCUUGAGGAUUUGGGGGGGAAGAAGGAGGGUGUUUGCUUUUAUGCUAUAAGAUUUACUAAGUCAUUGCUGAGAUAAAGCUUUUUCUGUUUCGUGCAACAUAGUGCUGCAGACAGGCCCCCAGGGCCAUCUCCUCUUCUUCCUCUACCAACAGAGCCAUCCAUUGGCUCCUGGGCUUAUUUUCCAUGGCCUGACAAUGCGGGGCAGUAGGAAAGCCUCGUGGUAGUGUGUGCAGGAGGAGGGAUCAGCAGUGCCACCCUGUCCUUCUAUGUCCUCAAGACAAGCAGCAGGUCAAGUCUGAUUCCUCAGAAUCCUCUAAUCUUCACCUGGAAAAUUCCAAACGUGGGGCAUUUGAGGCUUUCAAAGGCUAUCCCCACCAAGCCUGGGCUCCCCUCAUCUUUGUUUCAAAAGCUGCUCAGGCCCUGUUUUAUCCAGAAUUGGAAAUCAAUCAAUGCCACCUAACAGACUUGAGAAAACAUGUCUAUUUAUUGUCAAUGUGACCAAUGGGGUUGCUUUAUCGCUCAGCAAUUUGCAUUUCCAAGGAGAGCAAUUUAUUUUUAAUUAUUUUAUCAGGCACACGGUCCUCUCCAAAUUUAAUUAGUUCCUUUGCUCCUUUGCAAGCAGAUUACGUGUGGCUAUGAGAACCCUCACCCUAGACCUGCAGGUUCCUUAAAUUCAUCUCCUGUUAUAGCCUCAUUUAAAAUACUCCAAAUGUUUUCUUAAACAUGUUAACACUUUUGCUUCUUCUCUGCCAAGUGAGGGAGCAUAUUUUACUGAAAACAAAACAGAAAUUAAGACUUCUCAGAAAGUCCAAUGACCCUUUCCAUGCCUUUUUUUUUUUUUUUUUUAAAGAAACCUGUAUUUUAAUUGAAAUUUUGAAAGGAGAGAAAGUACAAUUGAGCCUCAGCCAGAGAAUCAUAGAAUAGACAGUGGGGCUGCCCAUCCAUCUGGAGCUCUCUUCCUCUGCCCCACCUCUCUCUUCACCUGCAGACAGCUUUCUUAUCUCAAAAACCACUCCUUCACAUUUGAACCCAGCAGAGGGCUUGCAUAGAAAGACACUUAGCUAUCAAACUGAGCACUAAGCAAGGGAAGUAUUUCCCAGCAAGCACUUCCAGCCUGCUAGCCACUGUGACAGGCACAUGGGGCCCGAGUGGUGACUCAAACAUGGCCAUGUUCCCCUGGGAGUAAGGCUUCAUUUUGGCAGAUGCUCCCUGUCAUAAGUAGGACCUAAAGCACAUGAGAUUUUCUUAGACGCUACUUCACACUAUUGUCCCAUAUUGAGUUGUCAGGCAACUAAAAUCCCAAAGUUAUCUUCUUCCCCCUUUUUUUUUAUUUUUUAACUUUUGAACUUCUAGAAUAAAAUUUGCCUUGAUCCAGUUCAACAAAUAUUUUACAUGAAACUUCUUUCCAGUUAUGUCCUUAUUCAUUUAGUGUUUGAAGCUUAAUUGAAAGCUUUACUUUGACUCAUUGAUUCCAACUGUUCCAUUUUGAUGGUUAAUAUUCUGUCCAUUUUACCCGUGUAUUAUGUUCCUGGGAAGCUUGAUUUGACCUGUCAUAUCUGAAUCUGUUAUCUACCUGACUCACUUAAUAAAUAAUCUUAGGCUCUGA